GUCGCGCGCGUUCCCCAGCCCCGCUCGUUCGCUCUUUUUCCUCGUGCGCGCGCGCCAGGGAGCGGCGGUUGCGCUUGGGCCCUGGAGCGGUGGGCACCAAUCAGCGGUUGCCAUAGCAGCGUUUGACGUCAUCGUGCGUGUGGUGCCCCUGCUGCCGGGGCUGGUGAUUGGAGGAAACCCCGUGUCUGCGGAGCGGCUGGAGCCUGUGAGCUGAGAGAUAUAGGGACACAGUCUCAGCCCCGCCGCUGCCACUGCCGCCGCCCAGAGACCGCUGAAACCCCCGUCCGUCCGUCCGCCGCCGCCACUCACUCCGGGCACAGAUCAUUCAGUCAUGGAUAAAAAUGAGCUGGUGCAGAAGGCCAAAUUGGCUGAGCAGGCUGAGAGAUAUGAUGACAUGGCAGCCUGCAUGAAGUCUGUAACUGAGCAAGGAGCUGAAUUAUCCAAUGAGGAGAGGAAUCUUCUCUCUGUUGCUUACAAAAAUGUUGUAGGGGCCCGAAGGUCAUCUUGGAGGGUUGUUUCAAGUAUUGAGCAAAAGACGGAAGGUGCUGAGAAAAAACAGCAGAUGGCCCGAGAAUACAGAGAGAAAAUUGAGACCGAACUAAGAGAUAUCUGCAAUGAUGUACUGUCUCUAUUGGAAAAGUUCUUGAUUCCUAAUGCUUCACAAGCAGAAAGCAAAGUUUUCUAUUUGAAAAUGAAAGGAGACUACUACCGUUAUUUGGCUGAGGUUGCUGCUGGUGAUGACAAGAAAGGAAUAGUGGAUCAAUCACAACAGGCAUAUCAAGAAGCAUUUGAAAUCAGCAAAAAGGAGAUGCAACCAACGCAUCCUAUUAGAUUGGGUCUGGCUUUGAACUUCUCUGUGUUCUAUUAUGAGAUCCUGAACUCUCCAGAGAAAGCCUGCUCCCUUGCAAAGACAGCUUUUGAUGAAGCCAUUGCUGAACUUGAUACAUUAAGUGAAGAAUCAUACAAAGACAGCACACUAAUAAUGCAGUUACUGAGAGACAACUUGACAUUGUGGACAUCGGACACCCAAGGAGAUGAAGCUGAAGCAGGAGAAGGAGGGGAGAAUUAACCAGCCUUCCAACUUUUGUCUGCCUCAUUCUAAAAUUUACACAGUAGACCAUUUGUCAUCCAUGCUGUCCCACAAAUAGUUUUUGUUUACGAUUUAUGACAGGUUUAUGUUACUUCUAUUUGGAUUUCUAUAUUUCCCAUGUGGUUUUUAUGUUUAAUAUUAGGGGAGUAGAGCCAGUUAACAUUUGGGGAGUUAUCUGUUUUCAUCUGAGGUGGCCAAUAUGGGGAUAUGGAAUUUUUAUACACGUUUUACAUGUUUGGCAUAGUACUUUUGGUACAUUGUGAUUUCACAAGGCCAGUGUUAAAACAGCUUCCAUGUCUAAGCAAAGAAAACUGCCUACAUAUUGGUCUGUCAUGGUGGGGGGAUAAAGGGAUAAUUGGUUCCAGCCACAGGUGUAGUUAUUGUGGGUACUUUAGGGUUGGAGCACUCAAUGGCUGUGGUAGAAACAGAUGUCCCAUAGAUACUACAUGGCAUUCCAUGUGUAUCUGUGGAAUACACAAUCUCAACGUGUACACCUUUAUGAUUGCAGUUGCAAAAGUGUUCCUUAAGACAAAGUUUUAACCCAGUCAAUUUACUCUGGAGAAGGGCAGAAAACGGUUCACAUUCCAUUAUUUGUAAAGUUACCUGCUGUUUGCUUUCAUUAUUUUUGCUACACUCAUUUUAUUUGUAUUUAAAUGGUUUAGGCAACCUAAGAACAAAUGUACAAGUAAAGAUGCAGUAAAAAUGAAUUGCUUGAUAUUCAUAAAGUCACUGUAUAUCAAGCACAGCAGUAAAACAAAAAACCCAUGUAUUUAACUUUUUUUAGGUUUUUUGCUUUUGUGAUUUUUUUGAUACUUGCCUAACAUGCAUGUGCUGUAAAAAUAGUUAACAGGGAAAUAACUUGAGAUGAUGGCUAGCUUUGUUUAAUGUCUUAUGAAAUUUUCAUGAACAAUCCAAGCAUAAUUGUUAAGAACAUGUGUAUUAAGUUGAUGUACGUGGAAUAAAAGUUUUAUGAAUGGACUUUUCAACUACUUUCUCUACAGCUUUUCAUGUAAAUCAUAUCUUUUAGUUCUGAAACUUCUCUAAAGGAAAUUGUACAUUUUGAAGAUUUACUUCCCACUUGGUAGCUAUAUAAUGGGCUUUAAAAAAAAAAGUUUAAGUACAAAAUUAUCAAAUGGCAAGAGUUCCAUGUGUUCCAUAUUGUUCCAAACAUUACUCCCCUCUCCACCACCCUGAUUUUCAGUUACUCUUUUAAAACAAAGGGUGGUGGUCUGAAUAAAAUCAUAUGUUCCACUUCAA